AUUAACGUUCCAAUACUCCCCUUCGUCCAAAGUUUAUGGAUUUGAAACGGUCGAUUUGAUACCUCAUGGCGAAGAAGUGCUGCUAACCCUCGAUAAUGCUGAGACRUACAUCGACCUGAUGACAGACUUYUAUCUGUACUCGGGAAUCAGAAAACAAAUGGAUGCAUUUUUGAAAGGAUUCAACAAAGUCUUCCCUAUGGAAAAACUUCAAAUCUUCUCGCCRGAAGAACUACAGCUGUUGAUGAGUGGCGAGCGUGUACCAGAGUGGACAAGAGACGACAUCUUAAGUUACACAGAGCCAAAAUAUGGGUUCACUCGAGAAAGUCCCGGUUACAUUAGAUUUGUGAAUGUUUUGGAGAACAUGGAGGGAGACGAGAAGAAAGCAUUCCUUCAAUUUACGACCGGCUGCUCAUCCCUCCCCCCAGGUGGUCUUGCUAACCUGCAUCCAAGACUAACUGUAGUCAAGAAGGAAGGGGAGGGUGAUGGCUCUUAUCCGUCGGUCAACACUUGUGUUCACUACCUUAAGCUUCCUGACUACUCAUCGGAAGAAAUACUGCGAGAAAGGCUCCUWACAGCUACCAAAGAGAAGGGGUUCUUCUUGAAUUAGGAACGUCAUAUUACGAGACUUAUUKGAAAUUCUAUGCAUUUUUCCUUUGGUUUCCUGUUUUGUUAAAAUGCACACUGUGAAGUWAACRCACUUCCGUUAURGACCUCAAAAGCUSACACYAGUCUGWAAAAAGAGAAAACUAAGCUUGAAAAAAUAAAUUUCGCGAAAAACUUAUAAGUGAAAUUGCUAAUAUAAACACAUUGUAUAUUUGAAGAAUGUAUGUUAUUCCUAGUUUGUUCUUAAUAGAUAGAAUCGAUUCAAUUUUUGUAUUGAUCUUUUUUCAUCGAUAUGUAUUCCAAAAGUAUGGCUCUUAAAAUUGCUUGUCRUCAUAUAACUCACCACUUGUAGUUCACCGACAUUUGGUUGAACUGCUGUGACCCUUAAAGCCAUUAAAAUAAAUUUGCGAAUUCAA